UGAUUUUGCAUUUCCGGGGAGAGAACUUCAAGUAAACAAUGCAGUUCUCUCCCCUGUCAGCUCCUGCACACUGCUAUGCAUGGCUUUGCACAGCAGAGCCAUGCAAAGCAGUGUGCUUACAGUGAAACACACACACACAGCUUACAGUAAAACAGCACACAGUUAACCCCUUUGAUCGCCCCAGAUGUUAACCCCUUCCUGCCCAGUGCCAUUAGUACAAUGUCAGUGCUUUUUAUUAGCACUGAUCACUUCAUUGGUGUCACUGGGGAUGUCAGUGACACCAAGUCAGUUCCCCGCAGUGUCAGAAUGCCCGCCGCAGUCCUGUAGUAAGUCGCUGAUCGUCGCCAUUACUAGUAAAAAA